AUUCAGUUCGAAAAAGUCAGUCUACGCGCCCAGGAGUGCCUAGAGGAUCGGAAAUACACAAUAGAUAGAUAUAUAUAAUAAAAAAAGGAUAGCAGCCAUGCAUCGAUCCCUGUUGCUGCUGCUGAUGUCUGCCCUCCUGCUGAGCGCGGCAGUUGGUCUGCCGCUGAGUUUGGAGGAGUCCGCCGAGAAGUCCUGGCUGGAUCUACUCCUGGAGGAUGUCUGGGAGUCAGAAGAGCUUCUAGACUUUAGUCAUGAAAACUCCAUACACAAGCGAGGUGCCAAGGACUCGAGUGGCUCUUCCGAGGAGCACAAGGACAAGGCCAAGGACAAAGCGAAUAGUUCCGGAUCAUCAUCCGAGGAGCAGAAAACCACAACAGAUCAUGCCGAAGAGGAAACCAGCACUGAGGCCGCUGCAAGGAGACGUCGGCAAACAAUGGAAAAGAGGGCAGCCAAAGAUCCGAGCAGUUCCUCCGAGGAGCACAAAGAUAAGGAGAAGGCGAACAAUUCAGGGGAAUCUUCAUCUGAAGAACACAAAUCUACUACUCAAGCCACAGCCAGGAGACGGCGGUCUAUCUCUCCUAGUGAAUCUUGUGGUUGGCUAUCGAAAGGAGAGGAACCUAAUGAGUCCUUUGAAAUGAAUUUGGAAACCUUCGAUUUGUGUACGUCAUGGCUACGAGACUUGCUACUCAAUAAGAAGGGAAACCAAGACGAAUCUCAUAUAGCAGAGCGUCGCAGGCGUCAGGUCAGCGGUCAGGAUCAGCAAGGGCUGGAAAAAGCCAGUGGGGAACUGGAACUGGAUGCUCAGGCGGAGAAGGAGCUGGACGAGGAGAUGGCACGAGCUGUGGCGGAUGUUAAGGAUAAUGGCAGCAUCGAGGACUAUGCUCAGGGCUGUGAGGUCAUGGAGGUCAGCUCAAAGGAGGCCAACGAGGCGACCUAUGCGGAAUGAUUAGUCGGGAAUCUUUAAAACUAAGAAUAAAGAAAACAUAUACAUAGUUAA